AUGGAAGAAGUGAACCAUACAUGUGUAUCACAGUUCCUCCUCCUGGGCCUCUCAGAUGAUCCUGAUCUGCAGCCCAUUCUCUUUGGACUGUUCCUGUCCAUGUACCUGGUCACAGUGCUUGGAAACCUGCUCAUCAUCCUGGCCAUCAGCUCUGACCCCCACCUCCACACCCCCAUGUACUUCUUCCUCUCCAACCUGUCCUUUGUUGACAUCUGUUUCAUCUCCACCACGGUCCCAAAGAUGCUGGUGAACGUCCAGGUACAGAGAAAAGACAUCUCCUACAUAGAGUGCUUCAUUCAAGUGUAUUUUUUGAUUAUUUUUAUUGGAAUGGAUAAUUUCCUCUUAUCUGUGAUGGCCUUUGACCGCUUUAUGGCCAUCUGCCACCCUCUGAAUUACAUAGUCAUCAUGAACCCCCGGCUCUGUGUCCUCCUGGUUCUGUUGUGUUGGCUCAUCAUGUUCUGGGUCUCCCUCAUUCAUAUUCUACUGGUGAAGCGACUGACCUUCUCCGUAGGCACUGAAAUCCCACAUUUCUUCUGUGAGCUGACUCAGCUUCUCGAUGUAGCCAGCUCUGAUACUCAUGUCAAUUACGUUGUUAUACAUGUGUUGUCUGCCUUGCUGGGUGUGAUUCCUAUGACUGGGAUCCUCUACUCUUACUCUCAGAUUAUCUCCUCCUUAUUGAAGAUGUCCUCCAUUGUGAACAAAUACAAAGCAUUUUCCACCUGUGGGUCUCACCUGUGUGUGGUCUCCUUGUUCUAUGGAACAGCAUUUGGGGUUUAUCUCAGUUCUGCCGUGACCCAUGCUUCCCAGAGACGUUUGAUCACCUCAGUGAUGUAUAGUGUGAUCACCCCCAUGCUGAACCCCUUCAUCUACAGCCUGAGGAACAAGGAUGUGAAAGGGACUCUGGGGAGACUCCUCAGCAGAGCAUCCUCUGGUCUUUGAGACCUCAGAA